UCUCUCAAUAUUUUCAAUUAGUUUGGCAAAAAAAAUAAUAAUAAAAAAAUAUCAAUAAAUUCACGCGCUUAUGAACAGACCAUUUUCCUUUUCAAAAAACCAACUCCAAUCAGAUAAAACUAUUACCUUUUUCUCAUUCUAAACCAACCCAUAUGAUCUUUUUACUUGCAUUUUAAUUUUCACUUUUUUUCUUCUCUUUUCCCUCAGUUCUGUGAUCAUUUUUGAAUUUGGGUUGUUGUGUUUGUUAUUGGUUUCACCUAUGUGUAUAUCAAUGUAUAAAAAAAGGUUGUCUUUUUGUGUGGUUUCAUUUUCAUGGGUGUUGUUAAAUGGAGGUGUGGCUAUGGCUUCAAGUGAAAGUAGUGACAGUUCUAGAGACCUUGAUCAAACACCAACAUGGGCUGUUGCUUGUGUUUGCACUGUUUUCAUCUUGAUUUCCAUUACUCUUGAGAAAAGUAUUCACAAAGUUGGAACGUGGCUGGGAGAGAGGCACAAGAAGGCUUUGCUUGAAGCUCUGGAAAAAGUCAAAGCUGAAUUGAUGAUUUUAGGUUUCAUUUCAUUGCUUUUGACUUUUGGGCAGAGCUACAUUGUUAGAAUAUGUAUUCCUGCCAAUAUGGCAGACAAAUUGUUGCCAUGUCCAUAUAGACAUACCGGAUCAAAAAAUGAAGAGGAGCAUCACAGGAAACUUCUACAUAGAUAUUUAUCAGAAGAUGCUACACCUUACCAAUGCAAGGAGGGACACAAGCCCCUUAUAUCUGUUAAUGGAUUGCACCAGCUACACAUCCUCAUAUUCUUCUUAGCAGUCCUCCAUGUGUUAUACAGUGCUGUCACAAUGCUUCUUGGGAGACUAAAGAUACGAGGAUGGAAGGCAUGGGAGGCGGAGACAUCGUCUCAUGGAUAUGACUUCGCCAACGAUCCUUCAAGAUUCCGGCUUACACACGAAACAUCAUUUGUUAGACAGCAUGCCACUUUUUGGACAAAAAUUCCAAUCUUCUUCUAUAUAAGUUGCUUCUUCAGACAGUUUUAUAGGUCUGUGGAUAAGGCUGACUACUUGACUCUUCGCAACGGAUUUAUCACCGUCCACUUGUCAGCGGGAAGUAAAUUUAACUUCCAAAAAUAUAUCAAAAGAUCGUUGGAGGAUGACUUCAAGGUAGUUAUGGGAGUCAGUCCUGUCCUUUGGGCUUCAUUUGUUCUUUUUAUCCUUCUAAAUGUUGAUGGAUGGCAUGCUAUGUUUUGGGCAUCUCUGAUUCCCGUUGUUAUAAUUUUGGCCGUUGGAACAAAACUUCAAGCCACCUUGGCAAAGAUGGCUAUUGAAAUCACAGAAAGACAUGCAGUUAUCCAAGGAAUUCCUCUAGUCCAAGGCUCAGACAAAUAUUUUUGGUUUGGUCGCCCUCAGUUACUUCUUCAUCUUAUCCAUUUUGCCUUGUUCCAGAAUGCCUUUCAAAUAACAUAUUUCUUGUGGAUAUGGUACUCUUUUGGGCUGAAAAAUUGUUUUCAUGCUGAUUUCAAACUUGCCAUAGUCAAAGUAGCUUUAGGGGUUGGGGUGCUAUGCCUCUGCAGCUAUAUCACUCUUCCAUUAUAUGCUCUUGUUACUCAGAUGGGAUCAAGAAUGAAAAAAUCAAUAUUUGAUGAACAAACGUCAAAGGCCUUAAAAAAUUGGCACAAUACUGUGAAAAAGAAGCAUGGACUUAAACUAGGAAAGUCGAGUGUCCGAACCAUGGAAGGAAGCACCACCGAUUCAACAGUUCACUCUACAACCCCCACGCUACUGCGUUUCAAAACAACAGGUCACUCAACUCGCUCUGUUUCAGCCUACGAUGACCAAGACGAUUACCAUUCUGAUAUUGAAAUGUCUCCGACAUCACCAACAUCAAACUUGCUUGUAAGAGUAGAUCAUGUUGAGCAACAUACAAUAGAAAAUGAACAUCAAACCGAGGUCAAAACCAUUGAUAAACAACCAACAAUGAGAGGUAGCUUCUCAUUUGUCAAGCCUGAUGAUCAUGUGGAAAGAAGCACAGAUUAAUUAAAUAGCAUCACAAGUUACUUCAUUGAACCAUUUUUUCUUGUUAGCUUAUAUAUACAGAGAGAGAGAGAGAUUUCUAGAUAUUAGUAAUACUAAAAUUAGAUAAAGUAAGUUUUGUACAUUCUUUUUUAUUUCUUAGAUAAUUUUUGUGCAUUGGAAACUUUACUCUGGAUCCAAAUCAUGCUGCUUAUAGUUAAAAGCUUUAUUAUGAGCAAUGCCUAAUUUUAAUUUUA